GAUGUUGUUCUUCGGCUUGCAAGCCUCCCCUUUUUUCCUCCAAACAUAACAAUGGUCAUUAUGGCCAAACAGUUAUAUUUUUCUUUCAUCAGACCAGAGGACAUUUCUCCAAAAGGUAUGAUCUUUGUCCCCAUGUGCAGUUACAAACCGUCUGGCUUUUUUUAUGGCGGUUUUGGAGCAGUGGCUUCUUCCUUGCUGAGCGGGCCUUUCAAGUUAUGUCGAUAUGUGACUCGUUUUACUGUGGAUAUAGAUACUUUUGUAUCUGUUUCCUCCAGCUCCAGCGUCCUUGAAAUACAUCCACGGGUACACCUCCAAUUGACUCAAAUGGUGUCAAUUUGCCUAUCAGAAGCUUCUAACGCCAUGACAUAAUUUUCUGGAAUUUUCCAAGCUGUUUAAAGGCACAGUCAACUUAGUGUAUGUAAACUUCUGACCCACUGGAAUUGUGAUACAGUAAAUUAUAAGUGAAAUAAUUUGCCUGUAAACAAUUGUUGGAAAAAUGACUUGUAGAUGUCCUGACCGACUUGCCAAAAAUAUAGUUUGUUAACAAGAAAUUUGUGGAGUGGUUGAAAAACAAGUUGUAAGGACUGCAACCUAAGUGUAUGUAAACUUCUGACUUCAACUGUAGAUCGAUGAGGUUGUUUACUUGACAAUGCCUGCAGCUUUAACCUUCAACCAGCCUCUGAGAGUGUCUCUGAACACAGGGACACAGGACCAGGCAGAGAGCCUUAAAAUGGCCACAUCACAGAUCACGCUAUUGCAUAACCCACUCCCCAGCAUGGCACUGUUCUGGGAUGAUGUCACAGGUCAGCAGUACCGGCCCGGACUCUAUUUAUACCCUAACCCUGAGAGUCUAGCAUUAGUGCUAAGUUAUUGUUUUAGAGUCACUGAACCCAGGGAUGCAUGGAUGUCAAUGGCAGUGUGACACCCAACAUACCAGACCAGACCACCAAACUUCACUUCAGGUGCUGCACAGACACAUAAGACCUUCCCAUAAGAAUACAAACAGAAGCUCUUCCCAUAAGACUACAAACAGAAGCACUUCCCAUUAGACUACAAACAGAAUACCUUCCAAUAAGACUACAAACAGAAGACCUUCCAAUAAGACUACAACCAGAAGACCUUUCCAUAAGACUACAAACAGAAGACCAUCCAAUAAGACUACAAACAGAGAACCUUCCAAUAAGACUACAAACAGAGGACCUUCCCACAAGACUACAAACAGAAGACAUUCCCAAAAGACUACAAGCAGAAGACCUUCCCAUAGGACUACAAACAGAAGACCUUUCCAUAAGACUACAAACAGAAGACCUUCCCAUAAGACUACAAACAGAAGACAUUCCCAAAAGACUACAAGCAGAAGACCUUCCCAUAGGACUACAAACAGAAGACCUUUCCAUAAGACUACAAACAGAAGACCUUCCAAAAAUACUACAAACAGGGGCCUCCCGGGUGGCACAGUGGUCUAAGGCUGUGCCACCAGAGACUCUGGGUUCGAGCCCAGGCUCUGUCACAGCCGACCGCGACCGGGAGGUCCAUGGGGCGACGCACAAUUGGCCUAGCAUCGUCCGGGUUAGUGAGGGUUUGGCCGGUAGGGAUAUCCUUGUCUCAUCGCGCAAUAGCGACUCCUGGGGCAGGCCGGGUACAGUGCGUGCUGACCAGUUCGCCAGGUGUACGGUGUUGCCUCUGACACAUUGGUGCGGCUGGCUUCCGGGUUGGAUGCGCGCUGUGUUAAGAAGCAGUGAGGCUUGGUUGGGUUGUGUUUCGGAGGACGCAUGACUCUCGACCUUCGUCUCUCCCGAGCCCGUACGGGAGUUGUUGCGAUGAGACAAGACAGUAACUACUAACACUUGGAUACCACGAAAUUGGGGAGAAAAAGGUGGUAAAAAAAGACUAUAAACAGAAGACCUUCCCAUAAGACUACAGACAGAAAACCUUCCCAAAAGUCUACAGACAGAAGACCUUCCCAUAAGACUACAAACAAAAGACCUUCCCAUAAGACUACAAACAGAGGACCUUCCCAUAAGACUACAGACAGAAGACCUCCCCAUAAGACUUAAAACAGAAGGCCUUCCCAUAAGACUACAAAACACACUGGCAGUGUGGUACCAGGACAACAACCUCUCCCUUAAUGUGAGCAAGACAAAGGAGCUGAUCGUGGAUUACAGGAAAAGGUGUGCAGAACUGGCCCCCAUUAAUAUCAACGGGGCUGUAGUGGAGCGGGUCGAGAGUUUCAAGUUCCCUGGUGUCCACAUCACCAACAAUCUAUCAUGGUCCAAACACACCAAGACAGUCAUGAAGAGGGCACUGUUGGUUAAGGGCUUGUAAGUAAGCAUUUCACAGUAAGGUCUACACUUGUUGUAUUCGGGGGAUGUGACAAAUAAGGUUUGAUUUGACUCCAGUGCUAUGCAGACUUGGCCCAUAAGAUGACUUACUGACAGCAUUGACAUAAACACCAGCCAUAAAGCAUUGUAUAUUUUGAUUUCCCCGCUCUUGUGAGAGAGAAAAGGCAGUGGAAUUCAAGCAUGGUUGCUUUGACAAGCUAUACGUUAAUCAUGGUACAGAUGUAGGAUCUUAGUUUGAUCAACCUGUUUCAAGAGAACAUUCCAUUUCAAAUUGUAAAACUUGUAGUGUAUUUGAGGUUUAAAAAGGCUUCGGUAGUUUGUAAUAUCCACUUAGAAAUGUAAGACUUGACUUUGUUUUGACUUGACUUUGUUUUAAAGCUUUUUUUGCGUUCCAUUGGCUGUAGCCUGGAAUAAAGUGGGCAGCCAGCGUCUUCUCCCAUGGUGAAGGGUUCUUGCCUUCCCCUCCACUCUGGUAAAGGGUAAAUAUGAUUUUGCCGCUUGCCUUGCCAUUAGUUGUUCAUCUCAGGAGCCUCCUUCAUACCUAUUCAGCGAGGGCAUGGUGGGAGCUAUAGGUUCCGCCACUUUGCAUCGCUGAGCCAGAGCCCCGCCCACCAUCAUGUCAGUAUCUCUGACUUGACCGAGCCCCCUCGAUAAUCCCUGGGAAGUCGGAGCGUAGGGAAGUUGGCAGAGCGGACGAUUUUCCCGAAGGAGAGGUCGGAGAACUCUUCCCUCUCCUCGGUGUCACUGCUACACUUAGCCUCCCCGGGGGCGUGAGCUUGGGUCAGUGGAGUCGGCUCUUUGAAAAUAGCGUCCUCCAUAUCCCCAUUGUCGUCAGUUUCAUCAUCUCCAGAAGAGCCCUGAGAGUGCAGAGAUAACACCAAUUGUUCCCGCCGCAUCUUGGAGGAUAACAGGAUGCAGCUGACGCAUUCCGGGGGUCCUGGAUGCCGUCUCUGGCGUGCUUUGGGCCCAAGCAAAUGGAACAAGUCGUGUGAGUCCAGACCCGCAGAGAGACAGGAACAGCAGCAUUGAGCUUUUAAAAGAUUUUGGGGUGGCAGGACCGUCUUGAGGCUUAUCUUGUCAUGCAAUUCUUCAGACCAAUCUUCAGUCUCGCUGAAGGAAAAGUCAUCCACAUAAUAAUUCACAUUUCCUGUUGCUGCAGGAUUAUUUUGCUGCCGUGACAAACUGGCUCAAUUUAAGAUCCCACAUCUGUAUGGUUUGCUCAACAGAGCCUGAGAUCCUUCCUACAACCAAGCACUACCUCCCUCACUGAAAUCAAGUCAAAGUUUAUUCAUCAUGUACACAGUUUACAGCAGGUAUGAACGGUGCAGAGAAAGGCUUACAUGCCAGCUCCCUCAACAGUGCAGUACAAAUACCAAUAAUAAUCCAUAUCAAUAGUAGCCUUAGGUUCAGGCCGCCCUGUGUUUCAUUGUCAUUCAUUCACGUUGAUACUAUGUUGUGUUUCCCCCACUAUCUUAUAUACAUUGAUACUAUGUUGUGGUUCCCCCACUAUCUUAUAUACGUUGAUACUAUGUUGUGGUUCCCCCACUAUCUUAUAUACGUUGAUACUAUGUUGUGGUUCCCCCACUAUCUUAUAUACGUUGAUACUAUGUUGUGUUUCCCCCACUAUCUUAUAUACGUUGAUACUAUGUGGUGUUUCCCCCACUAUCUUAUAUACGUUGAUACUAUGUUGUGUUUCCCCCACUAUCUUAUAUACGUUGAUACUAUGUUGUGUUUCCCCCACUAUCUUAUAUACGUUGAUACUAUGUUGUGUUUCCCCCACUAUCUUAUAUACGUUGAUACUAUGUGGUGUUUCCCCCACUAUCUUAUAUGCGUUGAUACUAUGUUGUGUUUCCCCCACUAUCUUAUAUACGUUGAUACUAUGUGGUGUUUCCCCCACUAUCUUAUAUACGUUGAUACAAUGUUGUGUUUCCCCCACUAUCUUAUAUACGUUGAUACUAUGUUGUGUUUCCCCCACUAUUUUACCCACGUUUUAGCUGACAUGGGCUUCGCCAGACUCUUCAACUCUCCUCUCAAACCCCUGGCAGACCUUGACCCCGUUGUGGUGACAUUUUGGUACAGGGCCCCUGAGCUUCUGCUAGGGGCCAGACAUUAUACCAAAGCAAUUGACAUUUGGGCGAUUGGCUGCAUCUUUGCGGAGCUGCUGACAUCGGAGCCCAUAUUCCACUGUCGCCAGGAGGACAUUAAGACCAGCAACCCCUUCCACCACGACCAGCUGGACAGGAUAUUCAGUGUCAUGGGCUUCCCAGCAGAUAAAGAUUGGGAAGACAUCAGGAAGAUGCCAGAGUUCCCCACCCUUCAGAAAGACUUCAGGAGAACGACGUAUGCAAAUAGCAGUCUAAUCAAAUACAUGGAGAAGCAUAAAGUCAAACCUGACAGCAAGGUUUUCCUGUUGCUCCAGAAACUCCUUACAAUGGACCCCACUAAAAGGAUUACGUCUGAACAGGCACUACAGGACCCAUAUUUCCUGGAGGAUCCCUUACCAACCUCAGAUGUAUUUGCCGGAUGUCAGAUACCUUACCCAAAACGAGAGUUUCUAAACGAAGAUGAGCCAGAUGAGAAAACAGAGAAGAACCAGGUCCAACAGCACCAGCAGAUGACAGCCCAGGCCCAGGCCCAGCAGCAGAGUGGCACCCAGCAGGCUUCUAACCAGCAGAGCUCCACCCAGACCAACGGCAAUGCAGGGGCCACUGGAGCCAACUCCGGGGGAGGCCUACAGCACGGCCAGGACCAGGGGCCCCCCAACAAGAAAUCUCGCACCGGGCCCUCAGGAGCCUCCUCAGGCACUGGGAUCCACCAGCACUCCAGCUCCCGCCUUGGUUACCAAAGCAACAUCCAAGGUUCCACUCAGUCCCAGGGAUACUCGUCGUCAUCCCAGCAGAGCUCACAGUACUCACACCAGCCACACCGCUACUGAGGCUCUUAGAACAGGCCAGGGGCCUCUCCCAAACCAACCCUCUCCCAAAAACAAACCUUAGCAUAACCUCUCACCUCCCUCUGGCCAAGGUAUUACUGACUCCUCAUCCUGAUCAGACCUCAUUAUGUGUCAGAUAAUUCCAACAACACAACAGUCACUCAUUAUCCACCUUCAUGUCAGCCCUACUACACUGACUGACCCUGGCCUCACUUCCAGCCAAUGUCCUCACACUUACCCACCCGAGGGCACUGCAAUAUGAAGGCCAACUCAACAUAGGAACCAAAAACAAACCCUGUCUCCUUGAGGGGUAGGACAAGAUUUUCUAUUAUCAUCAAGUGGCAAAAUCGAUUGAUACUAGAUAAGAAGGAAACACGUCAGGUGCAACUGACUACACAACACAAAGACUAUGAACCAUGACACUUACAAAAACAUGUUCUUCAAGAGGAAGAAUUGCAGCUCUGUUCAUAUAUAAAUAUAUACUAUAUAGUACCUUUUUUAAUUUGUUUAACAAGAGACUUGUUUUUGCUCAUUUGCUAUGUAGAGUUUGUUUACUUUGAUUGUGGAUGUUUUUGUAAAUAUUGUUCGAUAUAGAAGAAGAUGGGAUGAAACAGGAAAAUAGCCCUUUACUGUCAUCACUUUCCUUCACUAUACAGUUGUUUACCCUGAAUUUCACUUACCAGAUAACAAUUGAAUCAAAAGGAAGAAAAUGAGCCAACCCUUUCCUGAUGACAAAAGAUCUUCUUCUGAGAUCUUCCCCUUGGCUUGGAAAUACAUUUGUACAUAAGAAAGUUAGCUCUUUAGCUGAUGUGAUUGCAGGGAAUUACGAAAUACACAAUUUUAUCUUAAUCUUGUUAUAAAAAACUUUUUUUUUUCUCAUUUUAAGCCUUUUGUUUUUCUAGAUUUGUAGUCUGAAAGUCUGCAUUGGAAGGAACCGUUUAUCAGCCUUUCUUCAGUCUGCAGCAAGUUAUGUAAGCAUCUCUAGGUACCCCAUGUCGCCUGACCGAUAACAACUACCAAGCUACUGUUUUACUAUGAGUCAUGUCCAUCAAGGAAACAUUUGUCGGUGAAUCUGAAUGUUCUCCUUUCUGGCCAGAGGUGUUUGAGUGUGUGUGAGAUGCUUGUUGUGGACACCUUGGGUUGACAGGUCUUUCCAUGGACACAGACAUCACUGAAGGUGACAUCAUAUAGUGCAGCUAACAGUGUGUAUGUUCCUGAGACGGUUACUGCCUGAUAGUUUUUUUUAUUUUCCAUGUAUUUUUCUAGCUUUUAAUGUUUCAUUAUUGCCCUUUACAUGUUUGUAUUUCCCUCUUAUUCAGUCAAAGGACUGCACUGCUGAACGGAUCUGCAAAGACCUGGAACAAAUAUGGGAAGUCUUGCACCCCAGCCUCUUCAACUCCACACCCCUGGUAUUAACCCAGGUAGAAAAAGGUUUUCUUAUAGUACUUAUCCUGUGAACUAGUUGACUGGAUCUGUGUGUGUGUGUGUGUGUGUGUGUGUGUGUGUGUGUGUGUGUGUGUGUGUGUGUGUGUGUGUGUGUGUGUGUGUGUGUGUGUGUGUGUGUGUGUGUGUGUGUGUGUGUGUGUGUGUGUGUGUGUGUGUGUGUGUGUGUGUGUGUGUGUGUGUGUGUGUGUGUGAGACACACAGAGAGACUGUAGAUGGACAUGGGAUAAGACAGCCUCUUCUGUGACUAGGGAAGGGAUGUGGAAACAUUGACAUCUAGUGGCUAUUGACAGAACAGGACCUCUUGUUCAGUGAUGGUGAACAUGUAUUGUGUUCAGUUUGUCACAAGGAUCAAGGCAAUCUUUAUCAAGACUUUGCAUUACGAUUCUUUAAACUGCCUUUUGUGAUGUUCAGAAACACAAGUCGUGUUCAACUGGCAUAUGUUGACGAUGAUGAUAAUGAUCAUCAACACUGUCCUUUUGUAGCCAAAGGAGAGAGACUCUUAUUUUGUUUUCUAUAGUAAGAAAAUAUUCACAGCAACAAUACAAGGUACUAACUAACCAACUGAUAUACUGCUCUCUGUGAUGCUGUUUGCUUCUGACAGUAAUACUGCACAGUUCUUCUGUGUUUGAUUUGUCUGUCAUCUCUGGCUCAGUCAAACAGGUGGAUUGAGAGAUCUGCUGUUGAUCAUCACCUGUCUGUCUAUCUGUCUGUCUGUCUCCUUCUCUCUCCUCACAGACCAUAUUUCUUUCUCACCACUCCCAGGUUACUGAAGUACAGUAUGUAUUAUGUGUGUUGUGGUGAAUGCCAAAACACUAGAUGAACAAAAGGGACUGCUCCCUCCUUGUUCAAGAUGAGUUCCUAACAGUCGCCCAGAAUGUUUUCCAUAUCGGACUGGCUCUCUAUUUGAUGCUGAUACAUUGUAACUGUAUUGGUUUGGGUUUGAGUUUCUCUUUUCUAUGUUCCGUAUGAUCUGGCAGGCACACAGGCCCAGUGGAUUAACAACAGCCUUCCCAGAACAGUGGUGUUUACUCGGGAACAAAACCAGCAGCUAUCGAACCUUUUUUCUCUCUUUUAUUCUAUUGGCGCAUAUCUGAAGUAUAGUUGAAGAGCAUUGAGAAUACAUUAGAUACUGUUUCUCAAUUUAUCUCUAUACAAGCGAGGUAUCAAAAGUAUUAUUCAUUGUGCGGCUCCAACAAGUGAUCGUGGGGCAAAUAACUGUUAAACAGUUCCUAUGCAAAAGCAAAGAGAAUGGUGCAAUGCUUAAAUUUUACUAUGAGAGAUUGAGAGUUUUCUUAGGGUUUUUAAAACGAUUGGGAUAUCCAUUUCCACAUCGUAAAUCUAAUGUUGAACAUCGUAAUUGAAGAAGGCAUUCACUUGUUUCUUACAGCAUUGUUAAUUGUACUCUAAAUGAAAUAUAAACUAUAUGGAUGGUAUAUGGUUGUCCCACGAGUGCCUUUUGUGUCCCUGGGAUAUUUUAAGUAGAAAUUGUGCACCAAUUUUGAAUUUUAAAAGCCUGCUAUAUUAAAUGAAGUGCCCUUUAAUAUAGACCACGUGUAGAAUUCAAUCCAAUCUGAUUAUUAUAUGAAUAAAGGCUUGCUAAUGUGCGAAAAUCCUGUAUUUUGACAGGUCCCUCAGUUAACCCUGUGUCACUUAUAGGAAGAUUUCAAACCACUUCAUCCAAACAUUUCUCCAAGUUUCACCAUUAUUGUAAAGCCUUCGUUAUUUUGUUGCUUUGACAAAGUCAUUUCUGAAGAUUAUUAUUUAUUUCAUGUGAUUAGUUAAACAUUUACGUCUAUCCCUCAUUUUAAGGUCAACCCUGUUAUGUGAACUCAACUCUAUUUUUAAUGUGGUGAAACUAUUCCUUCUCAAAACAAACAUUGAACAUCUAAUAGUCAAAUCAUAGUGUAAAAUCAGGUGAGCUGGUUCUACUCUUUUUGGCAAUUUUCUGUUGUUUUGUGGUGGAAAACUGAGCUGUCGAGCAUAAAAGUCAACCCUGUUACCCGUAGAUAUACAGACUAGAAAUGUUUUAGCAAUUUCUUUUUUUUUUGUGAAGCUUGCAUUUAAUUGCCACUCCACAUGCUCACAACAUGAUUCCAUUCCCCCUGUCACGAUGGGAUUUAUGGCUGAUUUAAGAUGAAAUUGUCAACCAUGUUACGGUCAACCGUGUUACUUUAUUUGGCACUUAAUAGGCACUUGCUAUAGUAAAUGUGUUUUUAAAUUUAACCUCUUGAGUUGGGAAAACAGAUUUUUUAUGAAGUUGAACAUGUUAAAAACUUUUGGGGUUAUUACAUGAUUCCAUAUGUGUUAUUUCAUAGUUUUGAUGUCUUCACUAUUAUUCUACAAUGUAGAAAACAGUCAAAAUGAAGAAAACCCAUUGAAUGAGUUGGUGUGUCCAAACUUCUGAAUGGUACUGUGUGUGUGUGUAUAUAUAUAUAUAUAUAUAUAUAUAUAUAUAUACAGUAUAUACACGACAUGAACAAAAGUAUGUGGACACAUGCUUGUCGAUCAUCUCAUUCCAAAAUCAUGGGUAUUAAUAUGGAUUUGGUCCCUCCUUUGCUGCUAUAACAGCCUCCACUCUUCUGGGAAGGCUUUCCUCUCGAUGUUGGAACAUUGCUGCGGAGACCUUCUUCCAUUCAGCCACAAUAUUAUUAGUGAGGUCGGGCACUGAUGAUGGGCGAUUAGGCCUGGCUCGCAGUCGGUGUUCCAAUUCAUCCCUAAGGUCUUUGAUGUGGUUGAGGUUGGAAGCACAGAAUCAUCUAGAAUGUCAUUGUAUGCUGUAACGUUAAGAUUUCCCUUCACUGGAACUAAGGGGCCUAGCCCAAACCAUGAAAAACAUCCCCAGACCAUUAUUCCUCAUCCACCAAACUUUACAGUUGGCACUAUGCAUUGGGGCAGGUAGUGUUCUCAUGGCAUCCGCCAAACCCAGUUUUGUCCGUCUGACUCCCAGUUGGUGAAGCGUGAUUCAUCACUCCAGAGAACACGUUUCCACUGCUGCAAAGUCCAAUGGCAGUGAGCUUUACAGCACUCCAGCUGACGCUUGGCAUUGCACAUGGUGAUCUUAGGCUUGUGUGCGGCUGCUCGGCCAUGAAAACCCAUUUCAUGAUGCUCCCGAUGAACAGUUCUUGUGGUGACGUUGUUUCCAGAGGCAGUUUGGAACUCGAUAGUGAGUGUUGCAACCGAGGACAGGCUAUUUUUACGUGCUAUGUGCUUCAGCACUCAGCGGUCCUUUUCUGUGAGCUUGUGUGGCCUACCACUACAAAUCAAAUCAAAGUUUAUUUGUCACGUGUGCCGAAUACAACAGUGAAAUGCUUACUUACAGGCCCUAACCAACAGUGCGAUUUUAAAGUAAAAAAUAGGUAUUAGGUGAACAAUAGUUAAGUAAAGAAAUAAAAACAACAGUAAAAAGACAGUGAAAAAUAACAGUGGAGAGGCUAUAUACAGGCACCGGUUAGUCGGGUUAAUUGAGGUAGUAUGUUCACGUAGGUAUGGUUAAAGUGACUAUACAUAUAUGAUAAACAGAGAGUAGCAGUAGUGUAAAAGAGGGGUUGGCGGGUGGUGGGUGGCGGGACACAAUGCAGAUUGUCUGGGUAACCAAUGUGCAGGGGCACCGGUUAGUCAGGCUAAUUGAGGUAGUAUGUACAUGAAUGUAUAGUUAAAGUGACUAUGCAUAUAUGAUAAACAAAGAGUAGCAGCAGCGUAAAAGAGGGGUUGGGGGGGAGCGGGACAAUGCAAAUAGUCUGGGUAGCCAUUUGAUUACUUGUUCAGGAGUGUUAUGGCUUGGGGGUAAAAACUUUUGCGAAGCCUUUUGGUCCUAGACUUGGAACUCCGGUACCGCCAUGCAGUAGUAGAAAGAACAUUCUAUGACUGGGGUUGCUGGGGUCUUUGACCAUUUUUAGGGCCUUCCUCUGACAGCGCCUGGUGUAGAGGUCCUGGAUGGCAGGCAGCUUAGCCCUAGUGAUGUACUGGGCCGUACGCACUACCCUCUGGUGUGCCUUGUGUUCGGAAGUCCGAGCAGUUGCCGUACCAGGUAAUGAUGCAACCACUCUCGAUGUUGCAGCUGUAGAACCUUUUGAGGAUCUGAGGACCCAUGCCAAAUCUUUUUAGUUUCCUGAGGGGGAAUAGGCUUGUGUCGUGCCCUCUUCAUGACUGUCUUGGUGUGUUUGGACCAUUCUAGUUUGUUGGUGAUGUGGACACCAAGGAACUUAAAGCUCUCAACUUCACGGCUGAGCCGUUGUUUCUCCUAGACGUUUCCACUUCUCAAUAACUGCAGUUAUAGUUGAUCCGGGCAGAAAUUUGACGAACUGACUUGUUGGUAGGUGGCAUCCUAUGGCGGUGCCAUGUUGAAAGUCACUGAGCAGCUCUUCAGUAAGGCCAUUCUACUGCCGAUGUUUGUCUAUGGAUAUUGCAUGGCUGUGUGCUUGAUUUUAUACACCUGUCAGCAGCGGGUGUUGCUGAAUUUGCCAAAUCCACUCAUUUAAAGGGGUGUCCACAUAAUUCUGUGUGUGUGUGUGUGUGUGUGUGUGUGUGUGUGUGUGUAUAUAUAUAUAUCUAGACAUGAGCAUAUAUACAGUUGAAGUCGGAAGUUUACAUACACCUUAGCCAAAUACAUUUAAACUCAGUUUUUCACAAUUCCUGACAUUUAAUAGUAGUAAACAUUCCCUGUUUUAGGCCUUGAAAUACAUCCACAGGUACACCUCCAAUUGACUCAAAUGAUGUCAAUUAGCCUAUCAGAAGCUUCUAAAGCCAUGACAUCAUUUUCUGGAAUUUUCCAAGCUGUUUAAAGGCACAGUCAAUUUAAUGUAUGUAAACUUCUGACCCACUGGAAUUGUGAUGCAGUGAACUAUUAGUGAAAUAAUCUGACUGUAAACAAUUGUUGGGAAAAUUACAUGUGUCAUGCACUAAGUAGAUGUCCUAACCGACUUGCCAAAUCUAUAGUUUGUUAACAUGAAAUUUGUGGAGUGGUUGAAAAACAAGUUUUAAUGACUCCAACCUAAGUGUAUGUAAACUUCCGACUUCAACUGUAUAUAUAUAAAUAAAUAAAUAUAUAUAUAUAUAUAUAUAUAUAUCCAUGUCUAGAUAUAGAUGGGCACCUCUGUCCAACAGAACCUGAAUCACUAAGAUUUUCAUUCUACCACAAACUUGCUUGUCAACUUGAUAGCUCCUAGUUUUUUAAAAGGGAAUUCUUCUCUAUAAACAUAUGAAAUAAUCAUAUCUAGUUAGAUACUGACUGUGUGAUACAAGUAGUGCAUCACCAUGUUAUCUUGUUGCUGAUGUACUAUGGCAUUGACACAUUUGGAGGAAUUAGAGCUACAAUUGUCUCUUUUGCUUGUUUCCUUUGCUGUGUUUUUGCUCAGUGUGAUCAGAUCUGCCUCCGUUGCUGCUUGGAUUGUUUGUGUUUUUUACACUCAGUCAAUAAAGUCCAGUGCACUUUCUCUCACAUCUGUACCACCUCAUAAGUUUUACAGGACUGAAACAAUGCAUUUUUUAUGUGUGGACAGUGCCUUUUUUAGUCUGAGUGUUUAUGUUUGAUGUUGCCAUCACAUGAUGGGAUCUUCAGGACUAUGUUUAUUUCUCUUUGUCCUACGCCUUCUUUUAUAGUACAUUUGAGUUUGUUUCUAUAUAUAUUUUUUGUUUUCAAAUUCAUGUCGUGUGUUAUUUACUAAAUUUGUUAUUUCCAAAAUGUGGCAACAAGCAGUUAAAUAUCAGCUUUGAGUUCAAUGUAUCCGAUCUCGAAUUUAAUGAAUGCAAAAAGUACAGCGUAGAAUGAUUUAGCAUUUUCUCUUCUAAUCAAUAUUGUCCAAACACAUUGUUGAAACUAAAACACUGUACAUACGAACAUGUUAAUAAUUUGUCAUUGAAUCAUAUUGAUAAGAUAAUUGUCUUUUAAUGCACUGUUAUUGCGGAAAUAUUUUGUGGUAAAUGAAAAGUAUAUUUGUUCUUUUUUAGACACUAAAGAUAUGGCAGGUAAUGAAAGUUAUAAGCCAGAUAAAGCUCUUUUUAGAAGUUCUUACACGCAGUAUUUCUAAUACCCAAUGUUGCAUGUCUUUCUGUCUUUUCCAAUCCAGAACUUAAGCACUUCUGUCACCUUCUCAACAGUAUGUACAGAAAGACAGACACUACAUUUGCAAAGUGCUCCUGUGAAUGCCUUCUGAGAUGUUUGUUUUAGGACUCUUGUACAUGGAGAGAGACACUCACUUAGCCUGGUACCAGAUCUGUUUGUGCUCUUCCAACUUUACUGUUUAGCAUGACAAUGAGCGACAAGGAGUUGGAAAGAUAGCACAAACAGACUGGCAUUCAGGCUAGUGCUCACUGAUCUCCAACAUGAAACCAAUUUACCCAUUUAACCAGAGCAUUUAUGGUAUGCGUUUCCUGUUUUGAAAGAAAAUAUCUGUUUGGCUAUACUCUCACCAUGCCGUUUAAGUCUCACAGAAAGACAAAAGGCAACACAAUUGUUUGUACAUAUUUAUGUCACGGAGCACUCCUCAUCUCUCAGUUUUAGUAAGACAUGAAGUGUUCCACUCUGUUGUUCUGUUCUCUACACUACAUCCCCCAGGCUCCGUGGUAUGACACAACAGUGCUUUGCAGGUGUGGGUGUCUGUCAACUCUAAAGAUAUUUCGGUGUAUUUUGUGUGUGUAUAAAUGUGUGUGUGCACACAGAAGAUGUUCAAAAUAGACACAUGGCCUAAAUGUAUUGUGGUUCCAUAGCUUUCAUAUGUAAGGUAAUGGCACAGAGCAAGGAAUGCAAAUAAUAGAUUUCUUAAGCGGCUUUUAGCUACUUUGUCCUAAUUUCACUGUACAAAUGACUGUUAAAUUAGAUAAAAGUUGUGUAUAUUUAUUUUAUAUCCUCUAUUGUAAUAAAAUUUCUUUUGCUUCAGAUAGAAAGUC